CGUCGCAUACAAGUCCUGUGGAGGCGAGCUAGAAUCUCACUGCAUGGGUUGGUAUCUGGAUCGAUUGGACGAGAGUUGCUAAAAGGGCAAGAUCGAUGCGGGCAACGCGCCCCAGGCAAUGGCGUCCAUUGCGGAGCGACAGCACCUUCCACUUCGGGACUCUGUGCCUGCGAGUCCCUCCACCACCGCUCUCACUCAGACAAUGCAGAGGCGGACGACGCCCGCCCAUGCAGUGUCCAGAAAAGAAUCGCUCCUUUUGCUCACGAGGGCAGAGAAGGAAUUACGAUGCUGUCUUCGAAGAUCGCACAUACCAAGUACGGGGUCCUAAGGUAC